UAGCGCAUGAGCGCCUCCUGGUUUGUUUGUUCCACGGACUAGCUAGCCUGUUUAUUUCGUCCAUUUUGUUUUACCUUUAGCUAGAUUAUUCUAUGGCAGAGAUGGAAGACGGUGAAGAGCCGGGUUUAAUACACUCUCACAGCUCUAAUUCGGGGUCAAAAUCGAGCAGUGACAAGAUGUUUUCUCUCAAGAAAUGGAAUGCUGUGGCAAUGUGGAGCUGGGAUGUGGAGUGCGAUACAUGCGCCAUCUGUAGGGUCCAAGUUAUGGAUGCAUGCUUGCGGUGUCAGGCUGAAAAUAAACAAGAGGACUGUGUCGUGGUAUGGGGAGAGUGCAACCACUCUUUCCACAAUUGCUGCAUGUCUCUCUGGGUUAAGCAGAACAAUCGCUGUCCACUGUGCCAGCAGGACUGGGUCGUACAGAGAAUCGGCAAAUGAGAAGUCCCUCUAACUUCCCCAUCCUUCCACUGCAAGUUUGGCCAGGAGACCGGACUGAGAAACUUCGACCUUCUAUGUACAUGUGUGUGCUUGCCGCUGUCAUUCCUUCCAUGUUAAGAUAUAGAAUGAAUGGCCAAUAUCCAGGUGAAGAUGUCCUUGCCCCGCUGUUUGAUGGAAACAUUGGCAGGUGCAGGGCAAUGCUGAAGAACUGAGGAUAGGUGCUGCGUUUGGUGUCUUUGUUACCUUUUUUUGUGUUGUCCAAGAUUUUUUUGUGAGGAAAAAAAGUUAAUUAUUAAGAAUAAAUCUACACUUAGCUUUGUUAUUUCUUCCUUUUUAGCAUUUUAAUGUGAUGGUUUAUUGUUAUGGUUGCAUCCCCUCAGACCAUGAGGUGUUACAGGCCUUUCUACCUGUAAGAGCCCAUUUAAUACGUCACCUACUAAUCAAGAUAAUGUUCACAGAAUACUAUUGCCUCUGCAUCAUGUAGGCUAUUGGGGUUUGGAUCCAUGGUGCUGCAGGGACUGUGUUUAAUCCUGGCAGAGACAACCAGUAGUAGAGGAGCAGUCUGUGCCAGUCAACCAAUCAGAGAACUUCCAAUAUUGCAUAAUUGUGGCAUUGUAAUUGCAUAAUACAUGCCAAUCAGACACGUUACACUUGUCUAGAAGAAUAGUCACAUUCAACUGAUGAAAUAAUGAGUUAACCCUGAAAUAUUAUAUUCUGCUUAACAUGCAUUUCAUGUGAAAUACAUGCAUGGUUUGGCAAAUGUUUUGAUGGAUAUUUGUGUGGCUAUGGCCAAAGUUGGGAAGCCUUUUCCUUCCUGAUCUUUUCUAUGGUUACAAGCAGACCUGUAUGUUGUAUAGGAAUGUAACACCCUGUAGCUUCCAUGUGGGAAACAAGGACAAUUUGACCUAUAGCAAUGGCCACUGUACCAACACACCUUUUCCUAUGACUGAAGAUGCCAUGCUCUGCUUUUUCAACAACUUAAUGUAACAACUCAGAUAAACUAUUGAAUAAUUAA